UUCUUCACCAUCGUCCGAGUAUAUACAAAAUCUUGGAUUUUCAUUUCAUUAUCAAUAAGUUGUAUUGUUUUCCGUUUUCCGAUCUCCCGACAAUGGCGGAAAGUCCGAGCGUUACCCAAGAGCCUUCCGGGAGCGGUGGCAGCGUGAGCAACGGGGAAGACAACAAUCGAGGGCGAGUCCCCGCUUCGAAGGCUUCAAUCGAAGCGAUGCGGAGGAUGAAAGUGGAAGGGGGCGGCGAUUGUUCCAUCUGUUUGGAGGAGUUUAAAGAGGAUGAAGAAGACAGCGAGAUGCCAUGCAAGCAUGUGUUUCAUUCGGGUUGUGUGGAGAAGUGGCUGCAGAUGAAUGGGUCGUGCCCGAUUUGUCGGUUUUUGAUGCCGCCUGAGGAAGGCGCUAGUAGUGGUUUGGGAUCGGGAGGUGGGCAGAUUGAUCCACAAUUGAGACAGAUGCUGUUGAGAGUAUCAAGCUUGGCUAAUUCCAUCGGUUGGAUGGUUUCGGGUCGGACUCAAGUUGAUGAUGACGAUUCUUUAGCUCAAGACUGAAGCCUCCAAAUGUUUGAAGUUGUUGAGAUUGUGAUGUUUUAGUAUUUCAUCUCUUUUGUUUACAUU